AGCAACACAUUUUUUUAAAAUUUAAGGAAUCUGGUUUUCUUUUCCCUAAAAUCGUGUCUAUAAGUAGAAGAAGUAAACUCUUUCUUCUUCGAAACAACGAUUGUCAGUUAAGGUCCACCUGUUUGAUAUUUAAAGCCCAUAAAGUUGGCGCUCGUGCAUCAAAGUUCGCAGGUCUUUUUCGUGCUUCUGGGAAGCGUGAAGAAGCCACCUUAAUCCAGGGGUUCAAGGCCAUAUUUACUCCAUAUAGUCAAACUUGGCUUGAAGACUUUGGAUCUAUUCCUGUUUUCACAUCCUAGUUUCACCUGUGAUUCAAGGGAUUAAGCAUAUUUAGCUUUUUAUUCCUUUGAUUCAAUCCAAAAUCAGUCCCAGCUGAUUUUAUUCCUUUUGUUUUAUUUAAUUAUUUAACAUUUCUAUUUACCUUUAAUUUUUAUAUCCUAAUGAUGGGUUCAUCUACCGAAAGACAUGACGAGACCAGGGAAGUAGCCGGUCCUUCCCAAGCAACAAUUGACUAUAGUGUUAAUUCUUCUGGGAGUGACCGUACUCCGCAUUCUUCGCUUUCCACAGAGGAAACUACUCUUGUUCCUGCCAAUGAAGCAUCAAUGUCUCCUCUAAAUCAUGGUGUCACCGAAUCCGAGCCGCUUGAUUUACCAUCGAUAGACACUGAAUCAAAUAAUGCGGCUUCUAGUACGCCCGUAGCACCACCUUCGUUUCCUACGGCUGUAGCACCCAUUGAAAAUUCAGAGUAUUUCACGCAAGGUCAUCAUGCUGCUUCUUCUAGGCGUCAUCGUCAUGGAAAGAAAAAAAGAAAGCAUUGGCGCAAACAGGCUAAACUUCCCCGUCCGCUUCCUGAUAGCGAACCGUGUGCGCAUUGUAGUCAUGCAAAGAAGCGAUCGUCUGGCAAACGACACCGCAAGCAUCAAGGACGGAAUCUUGCUUCUCGUCAUUCCUCUGGGUUGAUACAGUUUUCUGAAAGUGCAGCUGAUGCGUAUCAUUCUUCCUACUCCCAGCACCACGGGUAUAAUUUAUCUGGUCAACCUACUAUGAAAGCCUCAUCAGAGCACCUGGGGCAGUUUUCCAGUAGUGAUAAAAGCUCUUCUGAGUCUUUGUAUUCAAUUUCUUCUAUGAGUAUAAAGAACGACUCGAAUUCAGAUUCAUUGUCUUCGUCGUCCUCCUCUACUGAUUUAUCAUCGAAUCACCGCCCGUUACUUCCCGAUGAAAACUUUCUUUUAAGGCCUAAUGCUGAUGCCGAUGGAUCUUCAUUAGAACCACCUAGAAGAUCCAGUGCUACCAAAUCUUGCUCAGCUGCCAUGAAUUCUCCUCAGAAUUUGCCAACUGAGAUGAAUACGCAGUCUGAUACAAACUUAGCAGAACAACCUUCAAGGCCUUCUGUUAACUUUGCGCCAGAUACAUAUAUGACAAAGGAAGACGGAUCUGCUUCAGUUAAAUCUGUUGCUUCUCAAAAUCGAGAUGCGACUUCUCAUGUAGAUUCAGAGUUACCGAGAGAUGUCGAAGAAGAUGUCUGCUUCCCCAUGCAAGAGGAAUCGCUUGCUUAUAAUGGCAUUGACUUUGAUGAGCUUGAUAAUUUUGCAUCUGAGGAAUUACAGAAGAGAAUGGCAGAUAUGGUAAACUGUCGAUCGAGGCAGUACAGUGUCAGCAAACCUUUUGAACCGCAUUGGAAAGAUUUGAGUCCUCAAAGAGAUUCUACUGGGACCUCUUCAGAAGCAGUGAAUGACGAAAAACAGGUAAAUAAACCAUUGAAGAGUUAUAUUUCUCCCAAUAGAGAAUCUAUAGGAUCAAAAGCUCAAAGCCCUCAUAGGUUUAGCCUGUUCUCUUCAGGUGAAAAUGAAACAAUUCAUGCUGCUGCGAUAUCCGAUUUGCUAGAAGACGAGGUACAUAGUUUCCGUUCUCUUCUUUGCGCCGAGAAAGGUGUCUGGUGGUUAGAUUGCUUAAACCCCACUGAUAGUGAAAUGCGAAUGCUUUCAAAAGCGUUUUCGAUUCACCCGUUAACAACUGAGGAUAUCCGUGUUCAAGAAACUAGAGAAAAGGUUGAAUUGUUUAGAUCUUAUUACUUUGUAUGUUUCCGGUCAUUCGAACAAGAUCCGGAAGGAGAAGAUUAUUUGGAACCAUUAAAUAUGUAUAUUAUAGUAUUUCGCGAAGGCCUCUUGACUUUCCAUUUCAGCUCUACUACGCAUCCUGCUUCUGUGAGGCGUCGUGCUCGUCAACUGAGAGAUUAUGUCGACGUGAGUUCAGAUUGGCUUUGCUAUGCGUUGAUUGAUGACAUUACGGAUGCAUUUGUCCCUUUAAUUCGUGCUAUUGAGACAGAAACGGAAGCUAUUGAAGACUCCGUAUUGGUGGGUCGACUGGAUGAAAGCUGUGAUAUGCUUCGAAGAAUUGGUGAAUGCCGAAAGAAAACAAUGGGUAUGUUCCGUUUGCUGUAUGGCAAAGCAGAUGUUAUCAAGAUGCUUGCGAAACGAUGCAAUGAAAAAUGGAAUAUGGCGCCAACGGGUGAAAUUGGGUUAUACUUGGGUGAUAUCCAAGAUCACUUAAUUACUAUGACAUCGAAUCUUUCUCAAUUUGAAAAGAUUCUUUCACGAACGCAUAGUAACUACUUAGCUCAGUUGACCUCAAAUUCCAUUGAAGAGAACUCAAGAAUGAACAGUGCUUUAGGAAAAAUUACAUUAAUUGGUACACUGCUAGUUCCCAUGAACUUGAUUACGGGAUUGUUUGGAAUGAACGUUCCUAUUCCUGGUCAAUCAAGUGACACAAACACUUCGUUGGCUUGGUUCUUUGGAAUUAUUGGUGUUUUAGUUGCCUUGGUAGUGAUUGGAUGGUUUGUGGCUCUCCGAUAUAAUGCUUUUUAAUUUAAAACUUCAAAAGUUGUUUAAUACUUAUCAUGAUUGAAGAAGUGAGUUUUCUUUUUACGAUGAGAUGUAAAAAUGGUUAUAUUUAACAAUAAAAAAAUGAAACAAAAAAGCAUCGGCUUGGUAUAAGGUUUAGACCGGUUUGUUUUUUGUUUGAGUUGAUUAGUCUUUUCUAAUGUUACUUGUAAAGAAAAAGUGAACAGGAGAAGCUACGUCCUUAAUAUCAUUAAUUGGUUUAGGUAUUAGACGUUUUCGUUUUAAAAGUUGUAUUAAUAAAAACUAAUCGCAUGUUACAAAUACAUAGAUUUUUCAGAAUACGACUUGUUCUUUGGAGCCUUUAGUUGAAGUAGACCGAUUAUGAAUUUCAUAGAUGACUUAUGAGGGAAGCACUCCGACUAAUGAGAUGAGAUAUAAGGCGAACUGAUCAAAAAUCUUAUGAACUAUUUGGAAAUAUCUUUUGGGUUGCGUCGGGCUUCCUCAAUCAUAUGAAGCACACCUUCGGCCGGCUAAUACACUGUUAGGAAUCUGCAGAUGAAGAAUGGAGUGGAUGAAGGAAGAGUUCCGAAAAUCUUUUCCUGUUCACCAUUCAUGCAAUACAUACCCUUGAGUCUUUUUUUCUUUUCUCAUAGUCAGCUCGAAGCUCUGGCGACAAAGAAUCGAUCACAUGCUGAGGAGAAGGAGUAGUGAUUUUCAUUGUAGCAUAACCAAAACCAACGAUUCCUAUUGCAAAGAAAGAGUAAGUU